AUGCGGCGGCAGCAGGGGAUGCGACUUGAUGAGAGGUACGUUCCGUACUUGCAGAUGGCCGGACUAUACCAUCUUACGAGACUGAACGACAGAUGGUUCCGAUUGGACGAGCCCCUUGUCAGUGCAUUCGUGGAGCGGUGGCGUCCGGAGACGCACACGUUCCACAUGCCGUUCAGAGAGUGCACCAUCACACUUCAGGACGUCGCGUACCAGUUGGGGUUGCCAGUGGAUGGACGUUACGUCAGUGGUUGCCUGACAGACUUCCACGUAUACAUAGAGGGUGGCAGGCCAGCUUGGCAAUGGUUCCAUGAGUUGCUUGGUGUGUUACCUCCCGCGAACCAAAUACAAAAGUUCGCAGUAAAUUGCACCUGGUUCCAGGAGACUUUCGGAGAGUGCCCCGAGGGGGUAGAUGCGGAGACGCUGUUUGCCGACAAGUCCGGCAAUCGUAUUCACAUCAUAUGGUUACCGCUUGUGGCUAGGCUUGAGGAGAUGGGUGGCUAUAGCUGGGGUUCGGCGGCACUAGCAUGGUUGUACCGGUGCAUGUGCCGAGUGGCCAACAGACAUGUCAUGAAGUUAGCCGGGCUGUUACAGUUACUUCAGUCUUGGAUCUUUUGGCGGUUUCCUGGUUUUAGGCCUGCUGGGUAUGAUGCGUUUAGCUGGCCCCUUGCCUCGAGGUGGUCAAGUUACAAUCCUGGGAUUAGCGAGAAGGGACCUCGGGUGCAGAUGGCUCGACUGAGGAUCGACUUGUUACAGGCUCGGGAUCACACCCGACGUCCUCCAGGUUGUCCAUCCGGAGGUGCUGGAGCCUCGGCAUACGAUGUUAUGGCAGUGUGUGACGUCCCUGAUAUAUUUUGCGGUGGUUGA